CCCGGAUGUGGGAGGCACCGCCCCCGCCGCCGAACCUCAGCGCCGCUCGCCCCCGCCCUCGCUCUCCCUCCUCUCCUCUCCUCUCCCUGCGCCGCCGUUGCGGGUCAGCGCCAGCUACUGCCGCAGUGAGGGGGAAGCGGGAGCCGGCAGCGGGCCCGGCGGCGACGCCGAACAGGCUGACAGCGAGGCCGGGGCUCGGUGGAUUCGCGACCGCGGGGGGGGAAGCGCCUGACGCCCAGCCGCCGCCAUGCUUACAGGUGUGCAAACAGGAAUCUCAAGUGUGGCAUGAGUAGGUUGAGCCUCUAUUCUCGCCAAAAAAGGGGGGAUUAAAACAUUUUUGAAAAUCUAGUGGAUUUUUGGAUUCUCCUGUGAAAGUGAACGCAGCACAUCAAAAACAGAGAUCCAAGUUCCAGUCCUGGAUAGGGAAAUGAGGCAAGCUACCCUUUGGAAAUGUGCUCGCACUUUGAUGCUGAUGAGAUUAAACGACUAGGAAAGAGAUUUAAGAAGCUUGAUUUGGACAACUCUGGUUCUUUGAGUGUGGAAGAGUUCAUGUCUUUACCUGAAUUGCAACAGAACCCAUUAGUACAGCGAGUAAUAGAUAUAUUUGACACAGAUGGCAAUGGAGAAGUGGACUUCAAAGAAUUUAUAGAAGGAGUCUCCCAGUUCAGUGUCAAAGGAGAUAAGGAACAGAAGUUGAGGUUUGCUUUUCGCAUUUAUGAUAUGGACAAAGAUGGGUAUAUCUCAAAUGGAGAGCUCUUCCAGGUGCUGAAGAUGAUGGUUGGGAACAAUCUCAAAGACACUCAGUUACAGCAAAUUGUAGAUAAAACCAUAAUUAAUGCAGAUAAGGAUGGUGAUGGAAGAAUAUCUUUUGAAGAAUUCUGUGCUGUUGUAGGAGGCCUAGAUAUCCACAAAAAGAUGGUGGUAGAUGUGUGACUCUGUAGGGCACCACCCAACACUUUUGCUUUCUUCUCCAUCUCUGAAGAUCUGCUCAAGACGUCCAGCAAUGCUCUCUGUGUAUUUAAAUGGAAGUAUUUUUCUCUGUGAAGCCACAUUUUCCAACAUGAGCCUCAUGAAGCCAACUAAGUGUUAUUGAACUUUUAUUCUCUCAAUAACUCGGUGUAGCACUUUAAAGUCUGAAGGACAGCAAAGAUGGAAAGAGCAUAUCAGUGUGGUGGAGAAAGGGAAGGGGUUGGCUUUUUAAUUUAUUUUUCUUCAUCUUUUAUAACAAGGAAAUAUCUAUCUAUAUAUAUAUAUGUGUGUGUGUAUUUAUAUAUAGAUAUAUAUGUAGCUUUCUAUAUGUAGUAGCUAGGUGGGCUUUAAUUUAAUAUACUUGAUUCAGAAACAAAAACUAGAGUACAAAGUGCCAAGCAGAAUAUUAACAGUUCAAUAUAUGGAUAUACAUCCUUACUUUUAUUUCACACAGUUUUAUAUAUAUAGUAGAAGAAUGUAAAAUUUUAACUGGGUGUUAGGUCAACUCUUUUCCUUUUCCUGUGACUGUUCAGAUGUUUCUAUAUAUUGACUGGCUGACAAAGCAUUGCUUCUUAUUAAUUUACCUUAAUGACAUUUUUUGUAACACAGGAGACUAAGUUUAUUUAUACCUGUUAAUAUAUUACCAGGGACUGUGUCUCUUUGCUAAAUAACUUAGUACAAUUCUACUUAAUAUGAGAAUAUAGUUUAAUGCUACUGCCAAGAACUAGCCCUCAUGUGCGUAUAGUAACUGCAGAACGCUUCGGUGGCCACUAGAUUUUGUCACCUAGGGAUCGGGAACAGUUAGAGCUGUCCCACAGUUAGUGCACAUCUGCUGUUUUGGAUUCAUUUUAGAUACGGCUGCUCAAGGUGUUAAACACAUUCAUGAUUUUCUCUUGUGCUUAGCUUAAUGAAAUUAGGACCUACGUAAGUGUGCAGGAUUCCCAUCUACUUAUUUUAUACAGUUCUUAGACUAUAAAGUGUUCUUGCCAUUUAAAUUCUGUUGUUUCAACAGUGAUAGUUUCCCCUCUGCAUUUAAAGAAUACUACAGGUAGCAUAAAUAACUGGUAAUGUUUUAUAUAUAAUAUAUAUAUAUGUAUAUAGGAUUCAUACAGGGGGAAAAUCUUGUUAACCUAUGCCAUAGAGGAGGAAAACUUCACACUAUCUAAAUUUAUACCUCUUGCGGUUCUCCAGUCCUUUGCCUGGAGAAUUUUUUUCUUUUCUAGAUUUGUCCAUAUCAUAAUUUGUAAUGGAUGGUAACUUGAUAUAUUUGUGUGAUAUAAAAGUAGCGAGCCAUGUUUUACAACUUUAUAUCAUCCCUUCCCUUUUCUGCAAUGGUACUAUUGGCUGGAAGACAAACAUUUGCUAGAUUUUUCUAGGACAGUACAUCUUUCCUGUAUAGUAGUUUUUCUAUUAAAAACAAUUGUUUUAUAAUCAGCAGUGGAAAGUGCAGGUUGUCUGAACCUACUUCUAUUGAGCACCUGUCUGCCAUAGCUGUUCCUUCAACUGAGUGCUGCACAUCAUGGGCUCUGUCUGUGAGAGAGAAAUCCAGGUGCUUGGUGUCCUUGCAUGACAUGAAGUUUUGCAUGUAGAUCGAUUUGAAAUGUUCCUCUUGUUUACAUAAUUUGCAUAAUUUAAGAUAAUGUUGCCAAACUUUGGUAAAUGUUAAUGUUCAAAACAAAAAUCUCCACUACACGUAACUUUCUUCCUCUGGAUCAGUACGUGGCUUGUAAUCCCAGCCAGUGGUUGUAUCUGUUCCAGUGUCAACUGCCAUGUGCUCUGCUUCAAGGGGGAACUAGUCUUUUGUGAAUUUUUUGUACAUAAGUAUUUGUUACAAACAUUUUAGCAAAUGCUUUUGAUUUUCUCUUACUUGCUUGUGCAUAUCUUGGCUGGUGUUAUAGAAAUUUAGUGCUACCGUUACUUCCUUAGGGGGAUUGGAAGGGGAGGGAUGAGGUUUUUUAGUUUGUGUGGGGAAAAAUGAUUUACGUUGAAUGUUUAGUUUUUCCUCUGCAUGCUACAUCAUAUGUUGUGGGAACUAUAAGAACCUUCAUACUAUAUGAAUAUAAAAUAAAAUAUUUGAACCUUG